AUGUCGGGACAGACAGAUGUGGAAAAAGGACAACUUCCCGCUGCCGAUUUCGAAGGGAUAGAUAAGGGCGACGCGACACCAUCAACAAAUCCAAGUCUGGAUCCAUCAAUAGGCGCCCAGGAUGAAACAAAGCCAGCCAAAGAUCUGUCGGGCGAGGUAUACCCAGAAUCGGAUAUGGAGAAAGGGCUUGUCGGCUGGGAGGGCCAGGAUGACCCCGAGAAUCCACGGAACUUCACAAGUGCUCAGAAGAUUAGGAGUAUGACACUGAUAGCGGCAAUUACAUUUUUGAGCCCGUUGAUUUCAACAAUAAGCGCACCUGGUGUCAGCUAUAUGGAUGCCGAAUUCCACAACUCAUCAAGCAUUCUAGCCUCACUAGCAGUCAGUAUUUUUGUUCUUGGUUUUGCGGCUGGACCUUUGAUUAUAUCGCCAUUGAGUGAAAUAUACGGCCGACAAAUUGUGCUAAACAUUUGCAACUCCCUUCUGACAUUAUGGCAAAUCGGAUGUGCAUUAGCGCCCAACAUUGGCUCACUGAUCGCGUUUCGAUUCUUGGCUGGUGCCGGUGGCUCUGCGUGUCUAUCGAUCGGCGGUGGAAUCAUCUCCGACCUAUUCACAACUCAGCAGCGUGGUCUAGCGGCUUCCGCUUAUACAUUCGGGGCACUAUUUGGACCAAUUAUCGGACCAAUGAUCGGCGGAUUCAUUGCCCAGAGAGCUGGUUGGCGAUGGGCUUACUGGGUGGCUCUAUGUGCUGCUGGAGUCGUCAGCGUUGGUAACAUUUUUCUCAGUGCUGAGACCAGCCCGACCAUUCUAUUGCGACGAAAAACCAAUAGACUACGCAAGGAAUUGACUCGUCCAGAACUACAAUCCGUUCUAGACGCAAAAAGCGGAACGGAUACCUCCUCCAUCUUAGUACUUCGUCGCGGAAUGAUCAGGCCCCUAAGGAUGCUGUUCUUGACUCCAAUUCUACUCUGCCUGUCGACGUAUGUGGCUUUUGUGUUUGGCUUGUUAUAUCUUCUUUUCACUACCCUGACAUCUCUUUACAUUAAUACAUAUCACUGGCAACCAGAACUUUGCGGACUGGCCUAUUUGGGAUUAGGCCUGGGGUGCAUGACUGGAAUCAUAACGGUUGCAAAAACAUCUGAUGCCACCAUAAUCCGUCUUACAAAAGCAAACAACGGCGUUUAUGAGCCGGAAAUGAGACUAGCAAGCUGUGUUCUAUUUGCGCUAUUCGUUCCUAUCAGUUUCUUCUGGUACGGCUGGUCUGCAGACUACGCCGUUCACUGGAUAGUGCCGAUUCUUGGGUUGAUCCCGUUCGGAUUUGGCAUGAUGGGAAUUCUCAUUCCUGUUCAGACCUACUUUAUUGAUGUAGGAGGACAUUUUGCUGCAUCGGCUUUGUCAGGCCUGACGGCAUUCCGAUGUCUGUUUGGAGGAUUGCUUCCUCUUGCUGGGCCAAAAAUGUAUGAGGCACUGGGUCUCGGAUGGGGUAACUCUCUGUUGGGGUUUCUCAGUCUUGGUCUUAUUCCUGUUCCGGCGAUUAUCUAUAAAUAUGGAGGUGCCAUACGCAAGAAAUGGCCCAUUCAAUUGAGAUAG